AUGGCUGGGCUGGUAGCGGAUGCGUUGCCGCCCAGCGAGUGGGAAACGGCGCUCACAUGUCUGCAAGGGUACCUGCGCGGGGAUGCAGGCCUCCUCUGCUACCUUGUUCCAAAGGUUCUGCCUGUCAACUGGGAAUGCGCUCUACGGCUCAUAUCCACCGAGAGUAGUGCGACAAACACGGUGUUGGAGUGCGUCGUGGUGUGUGAGCACGUGCCACUGAAGCUGCGGUUGGGGGCGUGGUUGCGACUCCUGCCAUCGUUGCCGGUGUCAAUGAGGCAUCGGGCAGCCCCUGUAUAUCUCCAUCUUUCCCUUGCCGUCUCCGAGCACGGGCGAUGCCUCCUGGCCUGUGUGGAUGGGCUCAGUGUGCUUGAGCGUUCCAUCCGGGGACUACGACACAACUUUCUAAACUACGCCGCCUUUGUUUAUCACCGCGCCGUCGUGCAUCACUGGUGUCACACGUCGCGUGACCCGGCGGUUGGUGUGAGUGCAUUUUGUGCUCUCAGUAGCAUUGCAGGGCGGGACGUACAAUGUGAGGUAAGCGUGGCGGCGCUGGAGCAGCUAAGUGACCUUGUCGGGCGUCAGCCGCACGCAGCGUAA